CUUGAUGGUGUACCUGUGUUUGAAUUUGGAGAACCUGUCCUGCUGCUCUGUUUACGCCUUGUCGCGGUCCCCAGCCUGUACUGCCGUUGAGGAUAGGGGGCGAAGACACUUAUUCUAAAGACAUGUCGCAGAAGAAGAUAUCAUCGUUCUUCAAGACUUCGGCGCCGGCUUCAUCGAGCACAAAGACCGAGAAGGAGCCCCCCGCGGCUGCCUCGCCGUCGCCCGAGAAAGACGUCGACGUAAAAGACGUCAACGGGCAUGCCUCCCCUGUGAAGGCGCCCUCGCGGAGGCGCAUUCGCAUGAUCAGCGACAGCGAUGAGGAAACAGAUCAGAAGGAAGCAGCGCCAGAGAAGGAUGAGGAGCCAGCUGCUCCGUCUAGCAGCAAGACCCCGUCCCCGCCACCUGCCAAGUCUGAGGAACCCGUCCAAGAGACGACUAUCAUCAAACGAAGAACAGCUCGCAAGACCGCCAAGCGUAGUCCCGAGCCCAACCGGCUGUCCACAGAGUCCGGCACCAAGAGACCGAAGACUGAGGCAGCUUCGGAGGAAGAGCCAUUACCUGCACAGGCUUCUUCUCCACAGGACAACAAGAAAGCCAAGACAGAGCCAGCUGCGUCGCCUAAACAGGAGGAGAUGGAGACCGAGUCUACACCUGAAGCAGAUGAAAAAGUGGAGCCAAAAAAGGAAAAAGAAGAGAACGAACAAUUGGACAAAAAGAAAGUAACAAAAGCCUCGCCACCAAAGAAAGAAGAACUCAAGGACGAGAAGCCAUCUAAGAAGUCCAAGCCCUCGUCUCCGAAGGACGAGAAGGCCAAAGAAAAGCCGCAGGCCGUAGCCGGGAAGAAGCUCCAAAACUUUGCCUUCACGUCUUCAAAGUCAGACCAGAAAUCGUCUGCUGUGACAUGUGACUACGACCCUAGCAAGGCCAACUACGACCCCGUGGAAGACGCCUGCUGGAAGAAAGGUGCCAAGGUGCCAUACCUUGCCCUUGCCAUCACCUUGGACAAGAUCGACGGCAUCUCGGGCAGGCUUCGCAUUAUGGAAGUUUUGAGCAACUUCCUCCGCUCGGUGUUGAUCCUGUCACCCGACGACCUGCUGAGUGCCGUCUACCUCUGCCUCAACAAGAUCGCACCGGACUACCAAGGUCUUGAGUUGGGCAUUGGCGAGUCACUGCUGGUCAAGGCGCUCGCCGAGGCCACGGGGCGUACUCCAGACAAAGUGCGGGCCGAAGCCACAGCCAAAGGCGACCUUGGCCUUGUUGCAGAGAGCAGCCGCAGCCAACAACGGGUGCUGUUCCCACCGCCGCCGCUGAUGCUGUCGCACGUCUUUACCAAGUUGCGUGCAAUUGCGGAGAUGACGGGAAACUCGGUGCAGCAGAAGAAAGUCGACAUAAUCAAAGUCCUGCUCGUCGCCUGCCGCCAGUGCGAGGCCCGGUUUCUUGUGCGCUCGCUCGGGGGCAAACUGCGCAUUGGCUUGGCCGAGGCGUCGCUGCUGACCGCCCUGGCUCAUGCGGCUGCGCUCUCGCCACCUCACGGGGACCCCAAGGCAUCCAAGAAGCGGCUUGAGGAAGCGGCUUUGCUUGUCAAGACGGCUUACUGUGAGUGUCCAGACUAUGAGCGACUGAUCAACGCCCUGCUGGAAGAGGGUGUCGACUCGCUUCCCAAGCGCUGCCGGCUGAGUCCCGGCAUCCCUCUGAAGCCAAUGCUCGCCCAUCCCACCAAGGCCAUCUCAGAGGUGCUGAACCGCUUCGAGGGGUCGGCCUUCACGUGCGAGUUCAAGUACGACGGCGAGAGAGCUCAGAUCCACCUCUUAGAAGACGGAAGCGUGCGCAUCUACAGCCGCAACCAGGAGGACAACACGGGCAAAUAUCCAGAGGUUGUGUCGCGCAUCCGAGCGGCGAUCUCGCCCGACACAAAGACCUGCAUCUUGGACAGCGAGGCGGUUGCCUGGGACCGUCCCAGCCAGACCAUCCUGCCGUUCCAGACCCUGAGCACUCGUAAACGGAAGGAGACAACAGAAGAGGAGGUCAAGGUUCAAGUCUGCGUCUUCGCUUUCGACCUUCUGUACCUGAACGGUGAGUCCCUGGUCAAGGAGGCCCUGCGGAAGCGCAGGGAGCUUCUUCGCAAGAUCCUCGUUGAGGUGCCCGGUGAGACCCAGCUGGCGCGCUCGGCCGACCUGUCGACGGUUGAAGACAUUCAGGAGUUCCUGCAGGAGUCCAUCAAAGGCAGCUGCGAAGGUCUCAUGGUCAAGUCUUUGGACACUGGGGCUUCGUACGAAAUUGCAAAGCGGUCCCACAACUGGCUCAAGUUGAAGAAGGACUACCUAGAUGGCGUUGGUGACAGCGUGGAUGCCGUGGUCCUUGGUGGCUACCAUGGCAAGGGGAAGCGUACGGGCACGUUUGGCUGCUUCCUGCUCGGCUGCUACGACCCUGAUAACGAGGAGUUCCAGACGCUCUGCAAGAUUGGCACUGGUUUUAGUGAAGAGCAGCUGGACCAGCACUCCGCCUUCUUCAAGGAGCACGUCAUCCCGGCGCCCAAGUCAUACUACCGGUUUGACAGCAGCCUUGCUCCUGAUGCCUGGUUCGAGCCCUGUCAGGUGUGGGAGAUCAAAAGUGCCGAUCUCUCAGUCUCACCCGUUCACAAGGCGGCCCUCGGACUGGUUGAUCCUGAGAAGGGCAUUUCUCUGCGAUUUCCCCGGUUCAUCAGGAUACGAGAUGACAAGAACCCAGAGGAUGCCACUUCUGCCCAACAGGUUGCAGACUUGUACAACAAGCAAGACCACAUCAAGAACAAAAAGGCAGCCGUCCAAGAAACCGCAGCCGACGAAGAUUUUUAUUAAGUAUUUUAUCUCCGCGCGCCAUGUAAAUAAAACGUUGCUUUCCCUUUUCA